UGUUUAUCAGCCCAGAUCUCUCUCUUAGCUAACUCCCCUAUUCUCAUGCCAUCUAAAUAAAUAAUCUUUCUCUUCUUUCUUCAUUCCAUUUUCUCAAUUUUUUUUUUUUUUUUCAAAUUCCAUAAUCAGCUGACACAUUUCUUCAUUUGCUUUGCUCUCCUUCCCCCCGUCUCUCUCUCCCCUUCUCUUUUUCCUUUUUCUUUUUUUCUUUCCCUCUCUCUCUCUCUUUCUUUGUGAGCCUAUUUUUUUAGGUGGAUCUUGUGUUUUUCAGCCUCCUUGUUCACUGAUCACCAAAAGGGUUGCUGAAAUUUCUAAUUUUUAAAAUCAUUGCGUGGAACCCAUAUCGAUUUUUUUUUUUGGCAUUCUGGUUGUGGGUUCACAUCUCUAUAGGUUCUUCUAUUCCAGCUGGGUUUCUUUUCUUUUUGUGUGUGUGUGUUUUUUUUUAUUUACACGAGAAAAAUAUUUAUUUUGAAACUGAAUACUUAAUGAGAUUCAUGUUUCACAUGAUAUAAAUCAGGAGUUGGGUUUGUAAUUUUUUUUUUUUUUUAAAAAAAGGGGUGUUGUUGUUUUGUGUUGUUUGUUUUGAUUUUCUUCCGCAACUUUUUUUUGGGGGGUUUAAGGAUUUUCUCAUUUUGUUUUGGUGGGUCUUUAAAUCUGAUGAUUUUAGUAUCUCGCUGUUGAAAAUUUUCUCGAGGGACUGAUCAGUGAUCACUUUGCUCCCACCAGUGUGCAUUGCAGCUUUUCAGCAAUCUUCUUCCACGAGGUAAAACAUCUGUAUUGGUUAUAUGAUAGUACGAUUGGUUGGUUGCCAGUAAAUUUGUCCAUUUCUCUUGUGGAUUUUGCUUUUGCAUGUAUGUGUUAAGCAGAAUUGGAAAGCCAUCAUGCUAAUAUUCGUAUCUUAGAUUUGAUGGAAGGUGACUUAUUAUAGUGAUUUUAAGCCUAUCGAAAUGCUUAGGAUCAACUUUCUGUUGCUCCAUUUAAUUGGGUAUUGGUCUUGAUGCGUCCUUCUUCAUAUGGCUGCUUCUCUAGAUUUUGUUUAUCUAUGGAUUGACAUGAGCGUUUCUAUGGCAACUGUAAAAAGAAUUGCUGUUUAUUCAUAUGGAUGUUUCCAUGGCGCCAAGUGCAAAUGCUGGUGGUUCUUUGUUACAGAAGGUUUUGAUGUAGUUUGCAUAAUGUAGAUAGCUAAUCAUUAGAAAACUAAAGAGUUGUGCUUAUUGAUUGGUUAACUAGAUUAUGGGAGUAUCUCUUGUUUCAUUUUUUGGUUUCAUCCCACUAGAUGCUGCUACAUACUUUUCUUGAACUUACGACCUUGAUAUUUUUUUUUUCCUCUCUGUUUGAGAUGUAAUUUGAACAUUGUAUAAGCUUAUUGAAUCGCCUAACAAUUGAGCGUCAUUCUUCAAUUGUGUACUUCGGCAUGUCUCAUGGUUUUAUCUUCUCCAUGAAAGUUACUGCUGCAAUAAUUGUAGAAAUGAUGGUACUAUUGUCUUCGUAAUUUAUAAUAUUAAAGGAUUGCCUAUGUCAUCACUUUGCCAUCAUGGUAGUCGGCAUUUUCGAGGAUCAAUAACUAGAUAAUUUAAAAACAAAAGAAGAAAAUGUAUUGUCAUAUCUUUGAGUGUGGAACUAAUAUGCUUUUUAUGACUAGCGUAUUGACAGUUGUUAAGUAAUAUUUUUCCCCUUGGAUCUUCUCCAACGUAAAAAUGAUUACAAUUUCUAAAAGGAAAAAGGAAAUAUUAAUUGGAUAGUGUCAUGGCUGCUCUGUGGUGAAACAUCGGCAGUAAGCUGUCAAAUACAAGUCCUUCUUUUAUGUAUUCAGAUGGUAUUUUCCUUUCCUUGAUGAUCUGAACCAAGUGGACUUCCUUGUGCUAGCUGUUCUUUUGGAGCUUGUCGGUUCUGUUCAGUAUAAUAAUAAUGAAUCGAGCUUGCGUGUUGGUUACGUGAGCUCACGUUCUCUGUGCAGUGUCUUUACCUUUUUGUCUUUUCCUUCUAUAUAUGUGUGUAACCGAAUAUAUUAUCACUUAUUUGCCGUGUAUAUUUUAAUUUCUAUUCACAGGAAUGAGUAUGACAAGUGAAAGUGAAGACCUGAUGGUGUCCAAAGGAUCCAUAGACUCGCCGUCCCUUGACGAGGCUAGUGGUGGUGGAAAUUAUGGAGUAAAUGGUCCACUGAAGAAAGGUCCCUGGACUUCUGCAGAAGAUGCAAUCUUAGUUGAAUAUGUGACUAAGCAUGGAGAAGGGAAUUGGAAUGCGGUUCAGAAACACUCUGGACUAGCUCGGUGUGGAAAAAGCUGUCGCUUACGAUGGGCUAAUCACCUCAGGCCGGAUCUAAAAAAGGGUGCAUUCACGCCUGAGGAGGAGCGCCGUAUUAUUGAACUCCAUGCAAAGAUGGGAAAUAAAUGGGCCAGGAUGGCUGCGGAGGUACAUGUCCCUCUUACUCUGGUGUAUUGUAGGUAAAGUGAGGUAUUGAAUGAUAUGGAUUCUGUUGCAUUUAGUUCAUUGCCUGUUCUGUUCCUAAAAAUAACAUCUCGAUAAUAGGAUCAUAUAUAACAUUUCUUGUAUGACGACGUUGCUAAGUGUUUUAGUGUAUCUGCUUCACUCGAUCACUUAUGAGAUUUGAGGAAUGACUUGAUAAGGACUGGUAUGGAAAAAGCACGGGGUUUGGAGCUCUUGGGAUAAUUUAAAUGCAUAUCUCUGUCUAGUGAUGUGAUUAAUUGGACAUGUACAUUUUAACUGAUGAUUUGUAAGCUAUGAAAUCGUGUUUUGUUGUUAGGCUUUAGUGCAACCCAAAUUACAGGUCGAAAUGGUGCAAAGUUUGUGGUAUAUUUAAAAUGUUGUCAUGGUUGUCCUAUCUGGAUAUUUUGAGAUUUUAGCACUUGUGCAUUUUGAACUCAAGUUGUUUUGUAUUCCAUCCUUACUAUAAUUAAAUGCCUGAUGCUGGUAUGGGAUUUGAGAGUGCUCUUCUAGGCAGAUCCAGAUUCUCUGGAAGUAAGCUGUGUUACGUAGUAUACAAUUAGAAACGAAAAAAUAAGAAAACAGCUAAAGAAAAGAGUUAUUGAAAGAAAAGUAAGAAUGGGAAAUAAAGGGAAAGAGCAGAGUCAGUGGAACCAAAAGUAUUUUAGAGAACUUUGAAUUUCCUUUUGGCCAUGAGCAAGCUUUGGUUUGUUCAAAGAAGUUACACGAGAGACUAAAAGUCGAAGCAUUCAUCUACACGUUUAUAAUGUGGUUAUUGGAGUAUGUUGAUUCCACUGACUUUUCUUAAACAGAUUAAUGUCUUAUCCUUGCUAUGCUUUCCUUAACCUGUUUUCUGGGAAUCUGUCAUUUGAUAUGACACCGGCAAAUGCAUCUUUCCCCUCUCCCAACUGCCCAGAGUUCUUUUAGCAUGUCAAGCACAAAUGUCGACACGGAAGUUCGCAUGCUGAGACUAGUUUUCAAAUUUUCUCUCUACUUAGACCCUUGUAUGCUGAUUAUAGUUUUUCAUAGGAAAACACCUGCAUAAAACCUUCUAUUGGUUUUGAGCUGCAAUUUUUUCUCCUCUUCUAACGAUCAUGAACUAUUUCUGCUUAUUUUAUUCUUUUUCCUACUUUCGAUGUAGUGCUAUAACUAUCUUGGAACUCAAAAAUUCCCUUGAAAAUUACCUCAACUUUUUUGUGUCUGUGUGAGUGAAAAUUGUCACUUUUCCUUAUGCAUAUGGUUAGAAUAAGAUUAAGGCCAAAGGUGUUUUAAUGUGUAGAAUAUGCUGGAAUCCAUGGUUUAAUUAUUUCUUGCUGACGUUUCACCUCCUGUUUGCUUGUUUUGAGGAGAUGCCAUUUUGAAAGAUUCUUUCGAAUAAAAGAAGAUGGAUUUUACUUCAGAUAAGCUGUAGUUUGUACGUUGAUGUUAUGAUUUGAUGUCAGUUAGUUAUCGAUGGUUGCACAGAAGUUCAAGGCUUUAGCUGGUGUCGAUGUAGAAUUGCCUGGCCGUACUGAUAAUGAGAUUAAAAAUUACUGGAACACCAGAAUUAAGAGGCGGCAGCGUGCUGGCUUGCCAAUAUAUCCUCCUGAUAUCUGUUUACAAGCUUUGAAUGAGAACAAACAGAGUGAGGAUUUGUCUAACUUCUCAUCUGUGGAUACACACCAUCCUGAUCUCCUACCAAUUCACAGUUUUGAAAUCCCAGCAGUAGAAUUCAAAAAUUUGGAACUCAAUCACCAGUUCUAUCCACCACCUGUUCUUGAUGUUCCUGCUCGUAGUUUCCUUGAUAUUCCUACCGGUAGCCUUCUAAACCAAGGUCUUAAUUCUUCCUUUGGGAGCAAAACUUUAAUAUCGGCACUCCACCCAACUAAACGCCUUCGACAAUCCGAGUCCUUGUUCCCUGGCUUAUCUACCAGUUUUGCUGGUGCUUUCUCCAGCUGUAAUAAAUAUCAAAAUGAUGGUUCUGGUCAGUCUUUUCAGUCAUUUGGGUUCCCGACCUCGUAUGAUCAUAAUAUAACUUCUGACCACCCUUCAUCUACAUGUAUACUUCCAGGCAGCCAUGCCUUUGUAAAUGGCAAUUCCUCCUCCUCGGAGCCCACUUGGGCAAUGAAGCUGGAGCUCCCUUCACUCCAAACUCAGAUGGGUAGUUGGGGCUCACCUUCCUCCCCACUGCCUUCCCUCGAGUCUGUUGAUACUCUAAUCCAGUCUCCUCCAACUGAAAACACACAAUCAGGUAGUCUUUCGCCCAGAAACAGCGGUCUGCUAGAUGCUGUUCUCUAUGAAUCACAAUCUCUGAAACAUUUGAAGAACAGUUCAUGCCAACAGACAUCUAGCAUGUCCAUGGUUCAGGCCGAAGUAGCAGAUAACUCACCUGAUCUUCAUGAAGCAGAAUGGGAAGCAUACGGUGACAACAGUUCUCCUCGAGGCCACUCCGCUGCAUCUGUAUUCAGUGAGUACACCCCUAUCAGCGGAAGCUCUUUAGAUGAACCUCAGUCGUUUGAGACCAUACCAGGAGGCAAAGUUAAACAAGAGACCGGGGAAAUGGUUCCAACACAAUACUUUGAUAAAGAUGAUUCAUAUCCAAACCAAAUGAUCUUCUCAAGGCCAGAUUUCCUACUCGCCACAAACUGUUUCGGUCCCAAGGGGGACCAUGGCAAAGAACCCUUUCAUGCCGAAAGAUGCAGUUGGGGCACAUCGUGGUGAGAAGUUCGACUGAGGGUAGAGAUAUUCCAUUGCACUGCCCUAUCAGCUUGAUAGUGUUAUUGCAGUUCUCUUGUAGGGGUAUCCUCUCCUGUGUGGUCUUUCUUACUAAAUAUUCGUGCAUGUCUUUUUAAGCUUCAUUCUGAUAAUGAUGAUGAUGCCUUUGGACAGCUUUUAUUGUUGUUACAGGUAAUUAUACAUUGUGAAGUUGUGAACUAAAAGCAAAGAAAUCAUUGGGAUUUCUAAGACAAACUUUGUAGACUAUGUAAUUUGCACUUGUUCCUCGUUCCGGACUUACCGAGAACUAGGUUAGACAAUAUCCACGCUAUGUUUGAUAAUACAGGACUUUUUUGGUUCAUGACAUUGAUCUAAAAUUUGCAACAAAUGUAUAUGCACUGUACUCAGCAGGUGGCAAUCCCUGACAUUCUUAGUUUAUAGUAUUAUCAUGAUGCUGCUUCUAAGGGC